CUUCUCGUCGGACAACAAUGACACACCAGAUCAGAGAGGGGAUGCAAGGAACAUCUAUAAGGACUUGGGGCUGGCCACUAGUCUAUUCACUUCUACACCGGACACCAUACAACAACGAAACAACCCUGGCAAUUAUAUCGAGCUUCGUCUUUGGUUAUUUCAACUUUCAAAAGAAGGAAAAUGAAGAGGAUCGUGGCGACACUAGUGUUUGCUACCAUCUUUGCCGCCACGCUGGCGCGGGAACUGCCCGACUUUAUUCACGUUUGCAAGAAAAACGAACCAAAUUUGGGCGAUUGCAUCAAGGCGAGCGUAGAAAACGUCAAGCCGUACUUAAUAGCUGGACUUCCGGAGUACAAUAUCCCUUCUCUGGAGCCAUUGCUACUGAAUGAAUUGGUCGCCGCACCGGGGAACACUAUAAAACUGAAGCUGAGGAAUCUCAUCGUCCAUGGAGCCAGCAAUUUUACAGUCACGAAAAUAAAAGCCAAUAUCGACACGUUGCGUUUUGUAGUCGAACUGGAUUUUCCGGAUCUUUCCUUGCACGGUGAUUACGAUAUCGACGGCAAAGUGAUUCUCUUGAGGAUCCAGGGGUCAGGACCUAUGAACGGGAACUUCACGGACUGCAAGGGACAGAUCAAGCUGCAGGCGGCAACGACUAAAGGCAACGACGGCCAAACUUAUGUAAAAAUAGUCGAUUUUAAGACGAAGAUCUACGUUGGCCGUGGAGAACUGAGACUGGAUAAUCUGUUCGGUGGUGAUCGUGCACUUGGCGAUGCAAUCAAUGGCGUGAUCAACAGCAAUUUCGAUGCAUUCAUCAAGGAACUGGAGCCAUCCCUCGAGAGUGCUAUUUCUGACACCUUCCAGAAGAUUGCAAAUAGCAUUCUCACGCAGUUCACCUACGAAACGCUGUUUCCAGUAUAGUAAAAGAAUAUUUUUCAAGAACAUACUCAGCUGAGAAGAUUAAAUAUAGUACUGAUCGUUGAUUCCGCGACUUACCGCACUGUUCGAAAACUUGGCACACGUCACGUAGAAACUAAUGCUCAUUGUUUUCUGACACAUUAACAUUGUAAAAUAUGUAUUAUAUGUUGAGAAGUCUUGUGGAGAAAGGAAGUUUCACAUUUUUAAAUAAAAUCGUUCCACGCUCGGGACACGUUUUCUUUUUCCUUCGUCGUAACAUGUGUGAUGAUCGUUUUGAAAGAGUGUUCUGAGAUCUGUUUUCUUUGUCAGCAAUGUUUGAAGGUAUAAGA